AUCCUUCGUGGGUGGCAACUCCGACAUUUGAAUAAGCCUUGUAGAAUAGUGUGGACAAGUCAUCGUAACCGUCCAUUACAACAUUUAUUUAAAUCACGUUCUUAGCCUUUGAGCUGUGAUGUAGCUGUCCCUCUGUGUUUAUUUCCCCCCGCUCCUUUCCUCCCCCUCUCGUUCUAUUUUACCGGUCCAAUCUGUAUCUGAAUAUUCAAUUCUCGCAUUCUGACGAUGAGAUGAGAAAAAGGAAGGAUAAACCGGCCGCCGCCGCGGGGUUCAUUCUCCGUGCCCCCGCCGUCGCACUCGUGUUCUCCUCGGUUCUUAUUUUCUCUCUCCUUCCUUUUUCCGCGGGGUUUACCAGCUAUGGCCUCACGGACGCUGAGGCCGGAUACAUUCGGCGGCGCCAGCUGCUGUACUACCUCGACGAGAACGGCGACCGCGGCGAGCGGGUCUAUGUUGACCCCUCCUACGAGUUCCCGAACUCGCACCUGCGUGACGCUUACGUGGCGCUGCAGGCGUGGAAACACGCCAUCCUCUCCGACCCCUACAAUUUGACCGCCAACUGGGCCGGCCCGGACGUGUGCAGCUACACCAGGGUGUACUGCGCCCCGUCCCCCGUCGACCCCUACCUCACCGUCGUCGCGGGGAUCGACCUCAACCACGGCGACAUUGCCGGGUACCUCCCCGAGGAGCUUGGCCUCCUUACCGAUCUCGCACUUUUCCACGUCAACUCCAACCGCUUCUGCGGCACCGUCCCGCAUGAAUUUGACAAGCUGCACCUCCUCUACGAGCUCGACCUCAGCAACAACCGCUUCGCGGGGAAGUUCCCCGAAGUGCUCCUCCGCCUCCCGGCGCUCAAAUACCUCGACAUCCGCUACAACGAGUUCGAGGGGGCAGUGCCGAAGGAGCUCUUCGACCGGCCCCUCGACGCGCUGUUCGUGAACAGCAACCGGUUCCAGUUCGAGAUCCCGGACAACAUCGGCAACUCGCCCGUGUCCGUGAUCGUCUUCGCGAACAACCAGUUCGGGGGAUGCCUCCCUGCGAGCAUAGCGAACAUGUCGAAGACCCUGAACGAGAUCAUACUGAUGAACAACGGGCUGAGCUCGUGCAUCCCCCCGGAGCUGGGACUGUUGAAGAGCCUGACGGUGCUCGACGUGAGCUACAACAAGCUGAUGGGGCCGAUACCGGAGUUUCUCGGCACGCUCACGAGUGUGGAGCAGCUCGACGUCGCGCACAACAUGCUCGUCGGUGAUAUACCGGAGGCGAUAUGCCAUCUCCCGCGGCUGAAGAAUUUUACCUACUCGUAUAACUUCUUGACCGGCGAGCCGGCGGUUUGCCUGCAUGUUCCGGCGUACAGCGAUCAGCAGAAUUGUAUUCCGGACCGGCCAGCGCAGCGGUCCGACAGCCAGUGCAGGUUCUUCAACAGCCAUCAUGUCGACUGUGAUGCCUUCAAAUGCAAGAAAUUCAUCCUUCCUUCCCCUCCGCCGCCACCGCCUUCUCCUCCGCCUCCGUCGCCACCUCCGCCUUCUCCGCCGCCACCUUCUCCGCCUCCGCCAUCCCCUCCUCCGCCAUCACCGCCUCCGCCAUCUCCACCUCCACCAUCUCCUCCACCGCCAUCUCCGCCUCCGCCAUCGCCAUCGCCACCGCCACCUUCUCCUCCGCCAUGCGAGUUCCCGCCACCACCGCCGCCCUACUCAGAAGUGUCCCCCGAAGACCGAUACCUAUCACCGCCACCGCCGACCACAUUACCGGUUUACCACUACUUGUCGCCGCCGCCUCCUGCGCACCCCUAUGCCUCACACCCUCCUCCUCCUCCUUACUAUUAAUUCUUUAUUUAAGAAAGGAAAAAACCGUUGCUCAAUCCUCCUCCUACACUCAAUGAGCUCAAAUAGUAAUUGGUGUUGAUCAAGUUUACUUACUUUUAAGUAAUCUUUUCUUAAUUUCUUCAUCGAAUUCUUCGUUGGUUUUGGCCUGUGAUUGUUGGGGGAGGGUUCUCUCAGUUUGUUUUGUGUUACAAUUUACAAUAUUGUAUUUGUGAAUAAAAUGGCCUUGAAUGAUAAAUUACAUAUAAAGAGAGGAAGAGAGAGACUAGAUGCAGGGUAAUGAAUGUAUAGAGCUUGGCAUUUAUCAUGUAGACCAAAUGUGGAAUUAUCUUGUUCAAAUUAUACUUUGUACUCUAUUCAUGGUCUUCUUUUGUUUCCAUUUUCUUAAUAUGAUUAUUUGAAUUCUGAA